AUGGAUCCAGUUGAAGAACAACAACAAGAAUUAGAAGUUCUUGAAUCUAUAUAUCCGGAUGAACUUACAUUACUUAAUGAAACCACAUUUAUAAUUCGAAUUAAUUUAGAUACUCCAUCAGAAAGAAAACAUGCCCUUAAUUUACAAGUUAAAUACCCACCUACAUAUCCUGAAGUCAUACCGGAAUUAUAUCUAGACAUAGCCGAAGAUCAAGAAGAGGAUGAGAGCGAUGAGUAUGAUGAUGAUUAUUAUGACGAUAAUGAUGAUGAUGAGGAUGAUGAAGAUACAAAAGCUGCUAAAUUAGCCUUAAAUAUGAGUGAAACCAUUGAAUUCACUCGAACUGAAUUAAAUCAACUUCUUGGUAAACUUAACGAAGAAGCAGAGAUGAACAUAGGUAUGCCUUCGGUGUUUGCAUUAACUACUUUAUUAAAAGAUGAAGCUGAAUUAUUAUUUGAACAAAUCUUAAAACAAAAAGAACAAGAUUAUGAACAUGAACGAGAAUUAAAAGAACAAGAAGAACAAAAGAAGUUUAUUGGGACAAAAGUAACAAAGGAACUGUUUUCAAAAUGGAGAGAUGAGUUUAGAAAAGAAAUUAAAUAUGAUGAACAAUUGUUGGAAAGAUUUGAAAAAAUGCAUCAAGGGAAAUUAACUGGUAGACAAAUAUUUGAAAAGGGGUUGGCUGGGAAUGAAGAUGAUACAAAUCCUAAUGAUGAUGAAAUAGUGGAUAGUAUGAAGAAGGUGACUGUGUAG